AAUUCAUUAAAUUCGCACUUGCAUUUCAAAACUUACAAUUUAUUCGUUACCCGCUCAAACUCUCAUCUAGCAGUCUCUUGUCCUACCAUCCAUCGCGUCAUGGUUUUGGUUCAUAGGAUCAUAUGCAUGCAGGCCACUAAUCCUUAACGCGGAUCUAUCGCUUAUGGCAAUCAGUCUCAAAGUGAGACACCUCAACGAAUAUUUAAAUAGCGCAGCUUCAAAAUCGUUUACAAAUUGCAUAAAUAAUCACUCGCUCAAAGGAGGGGGGAAGAAUUACUCCGCCCGCCAUCCGAAGCCCUAUAAAACUCACCGUAUCGGUAUAGCACAGCUCCCGUUUCACUUGCCGCGAUCGCAGACAAGCUCAGACCAUAGCCCAUUCUCUCCCUCACAAACAACACUAUGGAGGAUUUUUCCAAAUACCAGGAUGUCAUGGGGCAGCUCAUGUUCCUCAAGACAUACACCCAAAUCGUCUUCGGCUUCCCUACGCCAGAGACGUUAUCCGACGAAGUCAUUACAAAAGACCUUGAGGCAGCGGCAAAGGAGCUCACAGAUGCAUUCCCUUGGCUCUCGGGCCACGUUAUUCGCGAAGGAGCCGCUCCAGGCAAGACGGGCCUUGCGAAAAUCGUCCCAUAUGCUCCAGGGACGCGCCUCACUCCUGUGGUGGCAAAGGACUGCCGCAAACUUUGUCCGUCGUUUCAAUCCAUCGUGGAUGCAGGUGCGCCAAUGUCGAUGCUUGAUGGCGAGAUUUUGUCGUCACGAGACGGAAUACCCUACGGCUAUGACGAAUCAAUUGAACCGGCCCCGGUACUCCUCAUCCAAGCCAACUUCAUUGAAGGCGGCGUGCUGGUAACGUUCGCUGGCCAGCACAAUAUUCUUGAUAUGAACGGCCUGGCCCAGUUGAUUCGGCUAUUCGCAAGAGUUAGCGGCGGCGAGCCGCUUACGCAACUUGAACUCGAGCAGGGAAAUCGGGAUCGUAGGAACGUCGUUCGACUGUUAAAUCCGGAUGAGCCCAAGACGGACCUUACCCCCUUUCGCGUUCAGAAAAAGACCUCGGAUCCAGAUCCAGAUUCCGCUUCCAGCCCACCUCCAGAGUAUAGAUGGGUGUAUUUUCACUUCCCUGGCUCGAAUUUGACAGAACUCAAGCGUGUUGCUUCCACGCCAGGCUCCUGGGUUUCGACUGACGAUGCUCUGUCUGCUCUGGUCUGUCAACGGAUCACGGCCGUGCGUGUUCAGCGUCUUGGAUCUGGUCCACCUGGAGCAACUGCGACUUUCUGUCGCGCCAUUAAUUCGCGGCGCUAUCUGGAGACGCCAGUCCCUCCGGAAUACAUGGGCCAUAUGGUAUACUGCAUCGAUCGAACGUUACCGCUGAAUGAUGCUGCGGGUGCCAUGGAUCUCCCUGUUCUCGCUGGUAGGUUCCGUGACGAUAUUAAAAAUCUGCAGCCCGUUGCAAUCCACAGCUUUGCAACAGCAUUAGCAGAGAGUGAAGACAAAGGUGCCUUGGUGUACGGAGCCUUGCUGGAGCCUUCCAAGUACGACGUCAUGUUUUCAAGUUGGGCUGGACAGGGGUUAUAUCAGCAAUCUUUUGGAAAGCUGGGAAAGCCAAGCAUAGCUAAAAGGCACAAGUUCAAGCCCAUGGAAGGUCUUAUAUACUUUAUGCCUAGAACAGAUGCUGGAGAUAUCGAUGUGGCCGUAUGCUUGAGGGAGGAGGAUAUUGAUCGCUUGAAGGUGGAUGAAGUUUUGACAAAGUAUGGAAAGUAUGUUGGCUGAGAAUAUCCAAGCGAAUAAACUCAAGUUUGACAAGGCAUAUGAAUUAAAACUGCGAGUAUACACAAUUAGUAGUCUAAUAAAUGAUUCAGCUCAGUUCUCUUUAAUUGACUUACCCUCUUGGCCGAGUCAAGAUGAC